AUGACUGCUCAACAAGACGCACCAGUAAAGAUAACUGAUAGAAAAAUUGCUCAAGAGUUCCUUGAUAAAUACGACACAUUUUUGUUUGAUUGCGAUGGUGUUUUAUGGCUAGGUUCCCAUGCGUUGCCAUACACGCUAGAAAUUCUAAACCUUUUGAAACAGUUAGGUAAGAAGUUGAUCUUCGUUACUAAUAACUCUACCAAGUCACGUUUAGCGUAUACAAAAAAGUUCGCUUCCUUUGGCAUUGAUGUAAAGGAAGAACAAAUUUUCACCUCUGGUUAUGCAUCAGCUGUUUAUGUUCGUGAUUUUUUGAAAUUGCAACCUGGUAAGGAUAAAGUGUGGGUAUUUGGAGAAAGUGGUAUCGGUGAAGAACUGAAACUAAUGGGUUACGAGUCUCUUGGAGGCACUGACGCCAGAUUGGAUAUACCGUUUAAUGCAGCUGAAUCACCAUUUUUGGUAGAUGGUCUUGAUAAGGAUGUUAGCUGUGUAAUUGCAGGGUUGGACACGAAGGUAAAUUAUCACCGUCUUGCUGUUACACUACAAUAUUUACAAAAGGAUUCUGUUCACUUUGUUGGUACAAAUGUGGAUUCCACUUUCCCGCAAAAGGGUCAUACGUUCCCUGGUGCUGGUUCUAUGGUUGAAUCAUUGGCGUUCUCAUCUAACAGGAGACCAUCCUACUGUGGCAAACCAAAUCAAAACAUGUUGAAUAGCAUUGUCUCAGCAUUCGACCUAGAUAGAUCAAAGUGCUGUAUGGUUGGUGAUAGAUUAAAUACCGAUAUGAAAUUUGGUGUUGAAGGUGGAUUGGGUGGUACCCUUUUAGUUUUAAGUGGUAUUGAAACCGAAGAAAGAGCCUUGAAGCUUUCACCAGACUAUCCGAGACCCAAAUUCUACAUUGAUAAGCUUGGUGACAUUUACACCAUGACCAAAUAA